AGACAUUACCUACAGAGCAAGAGGAAGCAUUGAUGAGAGCGUUAUUCAAACUUGACUUACAUUUCAUAAAUUCUCUAAAUUUCUGUACGGAAAUAACGUUAUUUCUCUCUUUGUUACAUUACUUAGACAGAGAGAUCUUUGCAGAAACCUUACAAACUCUACCAGGAUCAGUUUUUGCCGCCUCUUGUAGGAAAACAUAAGAAAAUCCCAACUCAAAACCGGGUCGACACGUAAACAAAUAUUCCCAUUGCCUCAGGUCUGUGAUAGCGAUAAGGAAAACGAGUCAACUAAUGUGACGGACGCAAUAUGAUAAUAAAGAAGAACGAGAACACCCUCAAGUACGUGAGUCUCAUCACACUCACCCUCCAGAAUGCCGUUCUGGGACUCAGCAUGCGCUACUCCAGGACACGGGCGGGAGACCUCUUCCUCAGCUCUACCGCUGUCGUGAUGUCUGAGGUCGUAAAACUGUUCACCUGCCUGGUGCUGGUGUUCCUGGAGGAGGGCAAAGAGUUCUCAAAGUUCCAGGCCGCCCUGCAUCGGACCAUCGUGAAGCAGCCCAUUGACACGCUCAAAGUAUGCGUGCCCUCGUUCGUGUACAUCAUCCAGAACAAUCUGCUGUACGUGUCGGCGUCGCACCUGGACGCGGCCACUUAUCAAGUGACUUACCAGCUAAAGAUCCUCACGACUGCCAUGUUCGCCGUGGCGAUCCUGCGGAAGAAACUGCUGCCCACGCAGUGGUUCUCGCUGGUGUUCCUCAUUGUUGGCGUUGUGAUGGUGCAGCUGGCCCAAGGCGACGGCGGAGGAUCGAGUGCAAGCGACGGGCCGGAGCAGAAUCGCUUUAUUGGCUUCUGCGCCGCCCUGGGCGCUUGUGUCCUGUCCGGCUUUGCUGGCAUCUACUUCGAGAAGAUCCUCAAGGGCUCCGACAUCUCAGUGUGGAUGCGAAAUGUCCAGCUGAGCUUGCUGAGCCUGCCCUUCGGCCUGAUCACGUGCUUCCUGAACGACGGGAAGCAAAUCCUCAGCCAGGGCUUUUACUUCGGCUACGACAUCUUCAUCUGGUACUUAGUGGUUCUCCAGGCGGGCGGAGGACUCAUCGUGGCCGUGGUUGUGAAGUACGCUGACAAUAUCCUCAAAGGAUUCGCCACAUCCUUGGCCAUCAUCAUUUCCUGCAUCGCAUCGAUUUACCUCUUUGAUUUCCAACUCAAUCUGCAAUUCUCCGGCGGAGCGGCUCUUGUCAUCUGCUCAAUCUUCCUCUACGGCUACGAUCCGAACAAGCAGCCCAAAAUCAUCACUGUGCGUCCGUCGUCUGAUGAGAAAUUACUCAUCCCGAAAGUAUAGCAGUAACUC